AUGCUCGGACUUGACCACGCUAUCCCAGUCAACACCAUGAACGGGGAUUGCGACGAAGAAGGCGCAUACAUUGUUCCUAACCAGGAUGUCGCACCCUGGGCGAGCGUCGUCAACAAGCUUAUGAGUGACGAAGAUCAAUAUAAAAGACUGUCAGAUAAGGUUCGCAGCACCACGGAACAGUGGCUUAGGGAUGUGGAUGAGAAGGCGCUAGAGAAGUGGUUGACAAGCUUGUAA